AUGGAGAAGUUUGGAGACUCUGAGAAGAAGAAACAGGAUCUGAUCACCUGCGUCCACAACAUUCCAGACCAAUGUUCCCCGAACCCCUGCAAUCUUUACGGGACGGUGCGCUGUGAGGACAAAAAGGGCGAUUUCCAAUGUCAUUGUUUCACAGGAUGGAGCGGUGUCAGGUGUGAGAAAGAUGUGGAUGAGUGCAGCAGAGCGAACGGAGGAUGUGAGCACCACUGUAACAACACCAUGGGCAGUUACCGCUGCUCCUGUCGUCAUGGAUACACGCUCUCGGGUCACCACAUGUGUCUGGAUGUGGACGAGUGUGUGGAGACUCCAGACGUCUGCGGAUCUGCGCGGUGCUCAGACCUCGACGGGAGCUUUGACUGCUUGUGUGAGGAAGGGUUCGUCUAUGACAACAUCACCCAGAGCUGUGUAGACGUGGAUGAGUGUGAGACGCACGUGUGUGAGGAGGAGUGUGUGAACACACCCGGAAGUUUCCGCUGCUACUGUGACGGACGGCAGGGGAAGAGACUGGGACAAGACUUCAGGAGCUGUGAGCCCAUCGAGCUUCACCGGUCGCUGGACAUGAGGAGGAACUCGCGCUCGCUGUACCUCGGACGCAUGUUCAGCGGGAUUCCUGUGGUCCGACUGCGCUUCCGCCGCAGGGUUCAGACCGGUACUGUUAACCCUCGACUGGACGGCUGUAUGAAGGACUGGCGCUGGUUAACCGGUGAGGACACGUCUAUUCAGGACACCGUCCAGCACAACGAGCGCAUGCAGUGUUACGCCAUCGAAGACCACAGCGCCUUCUACCCUGGACACGGAUUCGCCUACUUCAACCACAGCCACGGAGACAAUCAGACGCUCAGUGUUCAUGUGACCCUGCGGCCUGCCUCCUCCGUAGGAGUCCUGUUUGCUCUGGUUCAUCAGGACCGAGUCCCGUUCUCCGUCUCUCUGUCAGACUAUCAUCCAGGGACACUCGACUGGACCGAGCACGUGCUGGUGUCGUUCGGUGACGUGGUGGUGGCCAGUGUCCCGGUGAACCUGUGUGACGCUCAAACACACACUGUGAACGUGAUGGUGUUCGGGAACAGCUCUCUGCUGGAGGUGGAUGGGCAGCUCGCGCAGAUGGAGAUGAUGGAGAACGCAGACGCUCUGGAUCUGACGUCUUCUUACAGCACCUUUAUAGGAGGGAUUCCAGAUGUUUCUCUGGUGUCCGCUCCGGUGUCGGCCUUCUACACGGGCUGCAUGGAUGUGCGGGUCAACGGUCAUCUGCUGGACGUGGACGAGGCCCAACACAAACACAACGACAUCCGCUCUCACUCCUGCCCUCUGGUGGACACGCAGCAAUAACCGCAGCGCAGACUCCAGCACAGGAGGAGCUUUAAUCCGGAUCCAGUCAACGGAUCUUCAAAGGCCUUAGUAAAGCCGGAUCCCUCGCCACACUCACGCACAUAUAGCACAGUAUCGAUGUAUUCCUCACAUUAGACCAAUCAAACACAAGCUACUGAGAGUGUGCUGUAAAAUACUGUAACUGUACAUAUGCCACUGUAAAAUGCUUUAGAGGAGGAUGACUAAAAACACCCAACUACCAUUAAAGGCCUUCAGGCCUCGAUGUAGGUGCUCAACUUCAUCAUCAUCAUCAUCAUUCAGUAGUUUGAGUUGGAACAGUUUUUUUUUUAGUCCCUCAUUUGAGUUCGUCCUUUUCAUCUUGUUGAAGUUGUUUUGUAUUUUGUUCAUGUUUGCGAGACUGAAAUGCUUGAAGAAAACGAAUAAAGGCGGACGGUGUUGUUAUGAUGAUGAAUUCUGUCCUUUUAAGAUGUUCAGCGGCUCGGAAACAAAACCAACUAACCUGAUGAGUGUCACUGUACACUGGUAGUUUCGAGACAC